AUGCGUAGCGAUCGCGCCGUGACUUUGCGAGCUGAAGAUUUUAUUAAUUCAUCGAGUACAACUGCUAUGAGCAGUGUUCCAGUUCAAUUUCUUAUUCAUGUUGUAAAUCCACCAGUCUGCACGGAACAACCGGAAAUAAUUGGCAUUCCAACAGAUCAGUCAUGUAUAUCUGUGCAAGUAGGAAUUAAAUUUACAACUCAAAUCAUCGCUAUUAACCAUUGUUCAAAUGAGAGUGUUACUAUUAGUGAUAUUGCUACACUAUCCUUUCCUGGUGUAGCUAAAUCUAAUUUAGUCAAAUAUAAUUCUACGGUUUAUUAUAAGAAUUUAACCUAUACAGCUAUUGUACCAGAUCUCGGUGUACAAGUGAUUUGUGCCAUGGCUUAUGACAGGUUAAUUUUAUUAAUGUUCUAUUUCAUUGAGUAUAUUCGCUUAUUUUUAUUAUUGUAG